UUCACAUUGCUCAGUCAAUUUUAUGCUUCUUGGAAAAAACAAAACCUGUAACCUCCUCCCCCAUCCUUCCUAACAAAAUGCUGGAUCAGAUCCUGCCAAACACAGUUCUAUUUAGCAAUAUUAUGUCCUUGGAGAUGUUCAGUGUCUUUCUGACUGAUAAGGUGUGUGGAUUCCAUUCUGACCUUGUCCUGAAAAUGCCAAGUAACAUCCCAUGGGGUGUUCUUACCCUGUCCUGGUGGCUUACAGUUCAUUCAUGUUUUGCUUGGAGUUGCCCUGUUAACUGCGAUUGUUUUAGAAGUGUAAAGGUUUUUUGUACCAGUUCUGCAAUCAAAAAAGUUCCCAGCAACAUUUCAGUUGCUGUUACUGAACUUGUGUUUUUGGAAACUCACAUAGACGUCAUAGACAACACCACUUUCAUGGGAAAAGAUCGGUUGAAGAAAUUGGUUUUUAUAAGCAACAAGAUUAAAUCUGUAGAAGUAAAAGCACUACAAUGGUUCCCUAAAUUGACAGACCUGGAAAUAACAGCCAAUCCCUUAUCAGAGAUAUGGCCAGGUACAUUUGACAAUCUGCCAGAACUUCUAAAACUAACCAUCACCUUUAAUGAUAUAAAGGAGUUUCCUUGUGAUCUUCUUCAAAAGACACACAAUUUACAAAUCCUCACUUUUCAAGGAAAUAACAUUUCAACCCUCUGCAGUGGAAUGUUUUCUUCUACCAAAAACCUAGUGGAACUCAGUCUUGACUCCAAUGAAAUCAUGCAGCUUCCUGUGGACCUAUUGAAACCUCUGCGAAAACUCAGGGUUCUGAAACUCAGCAACAACAAGCUAUCCAAGCUCCCGGCAGGCAUAUUUGAUUGCUUAAAAGAACUUUCUGAGCUAUAUUUAAAUGGAAAUGACUUAACCACAAUUCCAAGGCAUACUUUUGAGGAAUUAACUUCUUUAAAGAAACUGAUACUUAUGACAAACUCCAUUAAAAUCCUAUCUGAUGGCAUUUUUUCCACGUUGGUCAACCUUACCAUACUGAGACUAGACGGGAAUGAGCUUGAAAAUCUUCCUGUUGGGAUUUUUAAUGAAACAACCAGCUUGCAUAUUCUAUCAAUGACUGAAAACAGACUACAGGCCAUACCAGAAGGCAUAUUUUCUAGACUUCUCCAUGUUAAAAAUUUAGACUUGUCUAGCAACCUUGUGGAAAAGCUGCAAAAUGAUGUUUUUGAUGGACUGCACUCUCUCACUCACCUUCACCUUAACAAUAAUAAUCUAAUGUUUAUUGAUAACAAAGUAUUUAAAGAUUUGCAUAAUCUUAAAAUGCUUACUCUCUAUCACAACAAGCUGACAACAAUUAUGGAUGGGACUCUUGAUCCCUUGUUUAACCUGGCAUUCUUGGUCCUUCACAGUAAUCCAUGGUCAUGUGACUGCUCAUUUAUGUAUCUUCUAAAAUGGAUCAAAGACAACAACGAUUUUACUCAGGUUUCUGAAAUGCAAUGCGCAAAGCCUCAGCAUCUCCAGGAAAAAGCUAUGUCACUGUUGAGAAAACAAGAUCUUGGUUGUCCAACAAACAUCAGAAUUAAUAUACCGGAAAUCCCAUCCACUAAUGGCCAAAAAGACAUGAAGAACAGCCCUCUAAGCCCAUGUUACUUAACCACAGAUGGUGACUUGCAUUUUACCUGUAUGGUCAUUGUUUGCAAAAGUAUAAAGAUCCAUGUCUCUCUACAGCACGAAUCAAAUAUAACUACCUUCACGCAUGAUUUCAGCAAUGUUCAACCUCAUUGCACUGAACUGAAUUUCAACAUUACUAUUAGUUAGAAGGUCUUCUACUUUAUUUCCUAAAGAUCACUAGAAAGUUAGGACUCUUUCUGUUGAAUGUUAACUGAUGGAGUAAAGGUUAUGAGAGGGUUUUUUAAAAUGGAAGAGAGGAAUAAAAUCAUUUUUAUCAUCACUAUUAUCAUCACUAUUAUCAUCACUAUUAGAAACUCAUUGUUAUCCAAGUCACAUAGUACUACUAGUAACAUAUUUGCAUCAGCUCUUGUGUUUAUUUUAGCUUAUUACAUCCCCUUUAACUUGUUUGAUAGAGGCUUGAUAAAGGGCCCAGAGAGGCCCAAAGCAUUAUCUUGUCUGUAUCUACAAUUGGAGCCAUUAAAUCAUUUUUAAAGCACUAAUAUCUAUUGUUUGGACAUUGCUUUUGAUAUAUUAUUUGAUCUGUGGCAGGUUGAGUCUACUAACUGGUUGAGAACUCCAUACAUGAGUGGUAUUGCACGCCCUCUAACUUGUUUUUGUUUAUGCAAAGAUAUGGGAUCUUUUAUGUACACUGUCUAUGCACUUCUACUAUUUUUUUACUUGGACUUAGCAUUCUAUGAUAUUCUAUGGCAGCAAUCUUUUAUAAAGCAGCAAGCAAUUUUUAUAAUGUGCCUUCAUUACACUAUUUUUGGAAUACUCAAUAAAAAACAAAUCUUU